AGAGCUCCAUCAAAUGUGCACUCAGAUUACCUGCAUGGAUGACACUAGAAGAGUUGAUCGUAUGGUGUAUCGAUAUCCAAACAGUCAUGGCGGGUCGCUGUGGAAUGAGGAAUUCCUCUUUACCACUCAGGAGGACGUUGAUGCCAUGGUCCAAUUUUUUACCACCAAUAAAAUUAACAAGCGGAGAUGUUCGUUUACACUGAGGCGGUCGAAGGCGGUGUAGGUCAUUCUGGAGAUGGCCAAACAUCUUAUAUCCACGGUGGGAGUGUAUUAUACGAAGAUCAUCCCCACCAGGAGUGCCAAGACUCGAGCUGGAGGCAGGAGUAUCAUGAUGGAACUGGAGGUCAUCAUCAAUCCUUCCCAUCAUAUGAAGAAGAAGCUCAACAAGCGGAUAGGAACCAACAAGCAGGCUCCCAGUACCCACCAGAGUACAACUUCUACCAACGCGGAUCGCUGCGCUGGCAGGCAGUUAGGCCGUAAGAUCGCCUGCCCAUCGUGCGGUUGCAUGGGCCGCCAAGUGGAGGCGCGUUUUGUCAGCUUCCCAAUGGCAAACAGCCCCUUGCUCGCGCCGUUUGACUGAGAACCUCGCCUUCGAGGCGCGUUUUAAUGGCAAGGGUGGUAUUUUUGGAAAUUCUUGGAAAUGUGUGGUAUUUUUUUAAUUUUUUUUUAAAUAAUGGUAGUUUUGGAUUUUUUCUGAAGAGUUAGGUGGGCUUAUUUGUCUGGCCCAACCUGCUCAUUCUAUUAUAGGUAUUUCUGGGCUUUUGUGGUUAGACCGUUAGAGUGAAACCACUGAAGAUGUUUUUUUUUCAAAGAGAUUCUGGAACGGAAUACGAAUAAGUACAUGAUCAAAACUGGCCAAAUUAAAAAAUAAUACACGCUGGUCAACAGAUGUUGAACCAACAAAGAGAGGGCUUUUUUUUGUCACGAUAUGGGCAGCCCUUGAUACCUUAAUGACAUGGGAAAUAUCAUGAUUUCUUCAAAAUCAUAAAUUAGCCAUGCUAAAAUUGAAGCAGAAAAGCAAACCCUUGCAUAGAUGAAACCACAUCAACACAAAAGUCCGUAAAAGCCUCCACUGGAUAAACCGCUAAUCCUGCAAAAUAAAUGAAAAAGUAGGCAAAAGGCAACCAGACCCACCCACAUGGCAAGCAGUUAGUAACUGAUUAGUAGUGAUAAGAAAGUUGAUUGUAGGGG